GUGGUACACACGGGCGUCGGACGUGCGCUGCCUCCCCUGUCCUGAGGGAGGUCACAGACUCUUAGAGCAUCUGAGAACACAGGGACAAGAUGACUGUUUGCCUGCCUUUCCAAGUGAUUUUGGCAGUUGCCCUGAUAGCCCUCACCAUUUCUAUCUCCUUGAAUGUCGUUUUCUACUUUCUCCGACGGCGAGACCGACGGGCAGCAGGUCUGAAAGGUGAUGAGUGUCACCCCAUGGAGCAAUACAGAGAAGGGGAUCACGAACAUUUACAAGAAAAUCCCAUCUAUGGUAACAUCAGCGCAGAAAGGGCAGCUGGCCAAGAUUCAAACCUUCAACACCAUUUGCUCUAUGAGCACAUGAAGGCACAGCCACAGCCUGUAAUGGAGACCAAGUUUCUACAUCCAGUGCAACCUGAUGUGUCCUACGCCUCACUUGACCUGGCAGGGGGCAAGAAGGGGCGGAAGAAGCAUAAAGCCAAGCAAGGCCAAGCCCAGGCCAAACACCCUGCCCACAGCUUGUCGCAGCAGGAGUUCCUGGAGGUGGACACAGAAAUGGAGGCCAACCUGCCGUCCCGGCAGAGCAGCCCUCUGGCAUCACGCCACAGCAUCUACCUCAACAGCCAACAGAUGGCCAUGGAAACACAAGCGAUGGAACGGGAGCAGGCCUGGAAACGGGAACAGGAGCAGGAGCGGGAAUGGGAUAGGGAGUGGAAGAGGAAUCGAGAGUGGGAGAGAGAGAGGGAGAGAGAGAGGGAGAGGGAGAGGGAGAGGGAGUGGGACUGGGAGCGGGAGACAGACCGAGAGCGAGAGAGGGAUCGAGAAAGGGAGGAGGAGUGGGAGAGGGACUGGGAGCGGGAAGCAGCACAACAGAUGGAAAACAACUCAGGGCCGGAUUAUGAUAUAGUCCAUGAAGACCCUGCUCUCCUCCUCAGGCCGAGUCAAAACCAGGAAUGA